CAGCGCCUUUGCCGGUGCUGGAGCCGCCAUUGGAGCCGGCUUGGCUUGCGGGCUCCGCUGAGGAGCGGGAGGUUGGGCCGCAGUUAAAGUCGCGUCGGCUCCUGGUCCCUGGCCCUUCAGCGGCAUGGCGUGCGGGGCGACGUUGAAGCGGCCCAUGGAGUUCGAGGCGGCGCUGCUGAGCCCUGGCUCCCCGAAGCGGCGGCGCUGCGCCCCUCUGCCCGGCCCCACUCCGGGCCUCAGGCCCCCGGACGCCGAGCCGCCGCCGCUGCUUCAGAUGCAGACCCCACCGCCGACUCUGCAGCAGCCCGCCCCGCCCGGCAGCGAGCGGCGCCUUCCAACCCCGGAGCAAAUUUUUCAGAACAUAAAACAAGAAUAUAGUCGUUAUCAGAGGUGGAGACAUUUAGAAGUUGUUCUUAAUCAGAGUGAAGCUUGUACUUCGGAAAGUCAGCCUCACUCCUCAGCACUCACAGCACCUAGUUCGCCAGGUUCCUCCUGGAUGAAGAAGGACCAGCCCACCUUUACCCUCCGACAAGUUGGAAUAAUAUGUGAGCGUCUCUUAAAAGACUAUGAAGAUAGAAUUCGGGAGGAAUAUGAGCAAAUCCUCAAUACCAAACUAGCAGAACAAUAUGAAUCUUUUGUGAAAUUCACACAUGAUCAGAUUAUGCGACGAUAUGGGACAAGGCCAACAAGCUAUGUGUCCUGAAGCUUUCUUGCAUAUCUGGGUACCAGGUUUGACCUCAAGAGAUGGCUGCUGUACACUUUUUGCAACUGGUUUGAUAUCACAUUUCAGCUCCAACUUUGCAUCCUGAGAACACUUAAAUG